GCAAUAGGACCGCACACAACACAAACACAAACACAAACACAAAGUAGAAGCAAGAAGAAAGCUUUUAAAAGCAAAGAGAGAGAGAGAGUGGUACCACAGGUCCUCUCUGUGCUUCAUAUAUUUUGGCGGAAGCUUCAGAGACUAUUUUGGGCUCACAAAGAGGGAUUAAGUGGAGGAAACAGAGUUCAACCAACCAAACAAAACGCAGAGAGAAAGCGAAAAAUGGCAAAGAAAAAGCAGAAGUACCCUAAGGUCCCUAAAAUUUCCGAAGACACGAGGAUCCGCAUAACCCAGAUGCUGGAAAAGUUCCGUGAGUCCAGUGAUGAAGUGUUCGCAUUUGAGCCCAACCUAUCAAAACGUGAUCGUGCUGCUGUGCAUUUACUUUGUAGAAAAAUGGGUAUGAAAUCAAAGAGUACAGGGGGUUCAAAGCAAAGGCAUGUAAGAGUCUACAAAGUUAGAAAGAAGGUCACGGAGUCGCAAAAUCUCUAUAAUCUCUCUUUUUCUGAUGAGGCAAAAGAGGUAUUACGGAAUUUAUUUACGCAUUACCCGCCUGAUGAUGGAGAAGAGGGCAAAGAAAUGGAUGGAAAAAAUGGUGAAAAGGUUUAUGAUUUAUACCAGAAGAGAGAUGGUAUGUUCUGUAAGCCCUUAAUGAGCAAGGCAGAAAUUGCAAAGAAAUUGGAAUCACUUGCUUCUAGAAUGGAGAACGUUUUAUAUUUGAGACAGAUUAAUGAAGUAAGGUCUAAGCUUCCAAUUGCGUCCUUUAGGGAUGUGAUUACAUCAACAGUUGAAUCUCACCAGGUAGUACUUGUAUCUGGUGAGACUGGAUGCGGAAAGACCACGCAGGUCCCACAAUAUCUUUUGGACUAUAUGUGGGGUAAGGGUAAGGCAUGUAAGAUAGUGUGUACACAACCUCGACGUAUCUCAGCCUUAUCAGUUGCUGAGAGGAUCUCUAAUGAAAGAGGACAGGACGUUGGAGAUGAUGUUGGAUACAAGAUACGGUUGGAGAGUAAAGGUGGGAGACACUCGUCAAUUGUGUUCUGCACAAAUGGGGUUCUGUUGAGGGUGCUAAUUGCUAAGGGUGCCAAGGCAGAAGUAUCCAAGAAACAUAAAAAACUUGAUCUUUUUGACAUGACUCACAUUAUAGUGGAUGAGAUUCAUGAAAGGGAUCGUUUCUCUGAUUUCAUGCUUGCAAUUUUAAGAGACAUGCUUCCUUCAUAUCCUCAUCUACGUCUGAUACUAAUGAGUGCAACUCUUGAUGCUGAGCGGUUUUCACAAUAUUUUGGUGGCUGCCCUAUUAUCCGUGUCCCUGGGUUCACUUAUCCUGUCAAAACUUUCUAUUUGGAGGAUGUACUUUCUAUCCUUAGAUCACCAGAAAAUAAUCACCUUAGUAAUACUAUGUUAUCUGUUCCAAGUGAAGAAUCUAAGUUAACAGAGGAAGAUAAACUUGCUUUAGAUGAAGCUAUUGAUUUGGCAUGGUCAAAUGAUGAGUUUGAUCCUCUUCUAGAAUUGGUUUCGUCUGAGGGAACACCAGAAGUAUUUAAUUACCAGCAUUCAUCAUCUGGACUUACAGCAUUAAUGGUGUUUGCUCGGAAGGGCAGAGUUGGAGAUGUUUGCAUGCUUCUAUCUUUUGGUGCAGACUGCCAGUUGCGGGCCAAGGAUGGGACAACUGCAAUGGAGGGGGCUGAACGGGAUGGCCAGCUAGAAACUGCUGAAAUAUUGAAAAGACAUAUGGAAAUUCACUUUUCUAACUCCAUGGAAGAACAAAAGUUACUUGAUAAAUAUUUUGCAGAGAUCAAUCCUGAAUUCAUUGAUGAUGUUCUUAUAGAGCAGUUAUUAGCGAAAAUAUGUACUGAUUCGGAAGAUGGAGCUAUCCUUGUUUUCCUCCCAGGGUGGGAUGAUAUACAUAAAAUUCGUGAGAGAUUACUUAUGAACCCACUUUUUAACAAUACAUCCAAAUUUGUCAUAAUAUCGCUUCAUUCUAAGGUUCCAUCAGCAGAGCAAAAGAAGGCUUUCAAGCAGCCACCUCAUGGCUGCCGCAAAAUUGUUCUUUCUACCAACAUUGCAGAAACUGCUGUUACUAUUGAUGAUGUUGUUUAUGUUAUAGACACUGGUCGAAUGAAAGAAAAAAGCUAUGAUCCUUAUAAUAAUGUAUCAACUCUUCAAUCUUCUUGGGUCUCAAAGGCUAGUGCCAAGCAGCGAGAGGGACGUGCAGGUCGCUGUCAGCCUGGAAUUUGUUAUCAUCUUUAUUCCAAACUUCGAGCUGCCUCUUUUCCAGAAUUUCAAGUUCCUGAAAUUAAGAGGAUGCCUAUUGAGGAACUUUGUCUGCAGGUGAAGUUAGUUGAUCCAGAUUGCAAGAUAGAAGAUUUCUUGCAGAAGACAAUGGAUCCACCAGUUUUUGAGUCUAUUCGAAAUGCAGUUGUUGUUCUUCAAGAUAUUGGGGCUUUGUCUCUUGAUGAAAAACUUACAGAACUUGGGGAGAAGCUGGGUUCCCUGCCUGUUCAUCCAUUAACGAGCAAAAUGCUUUUCUUUGCCAUAUUAGUGAAUUGCCUUGAUCCUGCAUUGACUCUGGCAUGUGCUGCUGACUACAGAGAUCCAUUUACUCUUCCCAUGUUGCCUAAUGAAAGGAAAAAGGCAGCUGCCGCUAAAUCAGAGCUUGCUUUAUUGUUUGGUGGGCACAGUGAUCAGCUAGCAGUUAUAGCUGCAUUUGAGUGCUGGAAGAAUGCAAAGGAAAGGGGCCAAGAGGCACGUUUUUGUUCUCAGUAUUUUGUCUCUUCUAGUACCAUGCAUAUGUUGUCUGGUAUGCGAAAGCAGCUCCAGACGGAACUCAUACGUCUUGGAUUUAUUUCUGGGGAUGUUUCCAGUUAUAGUUUGAAUGCAAGUGAUUCGGGUAUACUCCAUGCAGUCCUAGUAGCUGGUUUAUACCCAAUGGUUGGGAGGUUGCUUUUACCUAACAAAUAUAUGAAACGUCUUGUUAUAGAGACUGAUAGUGGUGAUAAAGUUCGUUUGCACCAUCAAUCCACUAUUUCUAAGUUGCCGUUCAAUAAAACUGAUUCUCAUGCUUUAGUUGUAUUUGAUGAGAUUACACGUGGAGAUGGGGGUAUGAACAUCAGGAACUGUACACUUAUUGGGCCACUCCCAUUAUUAUUGUUUUCAACAGAAAUUGCUGUUGCCCCAACUACAAAUGGUGAUGAUGAUAAUGAAGAUUACAACAACGAUGACAAUGAUGAUGAUGAUGAUGAUGAUGAUGGAAGUGAUGAUAACAAUGAAGAUGGAAGUGAUGAAGAUGCAAUGGACAUGGAUAAUAAGUCAGCUGAAAAACAUCAGGAGAAGAUUAUGUCAUCUCCUGAUAAUACAGUUGUAGUAAUUGUGGAUAGGUGGCUUCGUUUUGGGUCAACCGCACUAGAUGUUGCUCAGAUUUAUUGCUUGAGAGAGCGAUUAGCCGCAGCAAUCUUGUUCAAAGUAACACAUCCAACGGAAGCUCUGCCUCCACUUCUUGCGGCCUCCGCAUACGCUAUAGCCCUUAUUCUAUCUUAUGACGGUAUGUCUGGGAUGUAUUUGCCCUCGGAAUCUUUGGAUUCUAAGAUGUCAAAGAAAGAUAAUGAGAUUGACAAGUCCGAAGGAGUAAGGGCUAGUCCUCAUCAGAGUUCAAUGGCCUACCUCAGCUCACUUCUGCACCGUGGAAAAUACCAAAACACUGUUCCUCAUCACGUCACAACUAGAAGCCAAAGCCAAGCAAUAUGGAAGGACCCAUUGAGUUACAAUGGUCAGGUUUCGGUUAAUCAAGCCUAUGUUAACACACAUGGGAUGCCUCUAUCAGGAAACUUGAGUUUUGGAGGGCAUGGAAGGGGUUCUAAUGGACGAUUUGUUCCUGGAGACUCACAUAAGCGGUUGCGAGGAAAUGGUGCUGGGCAAUGAUGAUCCUUCAUUAUGCAGAAGUUUUUGUUGUACCAUUAGAUUAAUGACAAGAGGUUAUGAUUAAAAAAAGAAAAAAAAAAUUGAUAUAGAAAAAGAGAAAAAGAAGAAAAGAAGGUCCGAGGAAUGUGGUUUUGUUGUUAAACAAACUUUUUUUGAAAUGGAAUGCGAUACCCUCCACGCAUAAAGUUUUGAACUUCUGCAAGACAA